AUGGUAAAUGCCAAAACGGUCCAAUAUCAGAAGGUAUUUUUAACAGAGGGAAAUAAAUAUAAUCCAAAAAUAGAUAACGAAAAUGGCUUCGUUGAAAUACGUCCUGUCUCAAAACGAUUUACUCAUCACGAUACCAGUGGAUUGUUUUUAAAUCAUUUUCCACUAACAAACUCCUAUUCAACUUCGAGCAAUUUGCAAGGACAUGGAACCUACCGAAGUCACUCUUUUGUUGCGAAUAAAGUUGGUCCUAUGUCUUCUGCCUUCCGACAUAGAAAAAGAGUUAUAGAAUCAAAACCACCUCUUGAAGAUUUGAAAAGAGUUUAUAAUGAACCACCACGAGUCCGACAAAGUCCCGCCUUAUCUAAUGCUCUUCAAAACGCACUGUGGAAAGAGAAAACUUCAUAUCAUAGUACAAAAUUAAAAAAUGACAGACACAUUAAAGCUCAGGAAUGGAAGGACACGUCAGAUAGACUUAUGGAUGCCUGGAGUUAUGUUAGUAGCGAUACAACAUCUCCUGCUAAUAUGAUUUAUGGACAGAGAACACCAGCUUGGACCUUCACCACACAGUCAGUUAAAAUUCCAAUGACCAAUGCAAAGCCACUGAUGCAAGAAAGUGUUCAACAUGAACCAACUGUUGUGAGAACUCGAGUACCUACUAGCAAGUCCAAAAUGAUUAGCUAUGAUGAAUCACAUACAAUAUCUUCAUCGAGACAAUAUAACAAUUUUAACAGAACAACCCGCAGAGAGCAAGGUAUAUAUGAUACCAGACAGCCUUCCACAACUUCAAAGCCUCCAAUCAAUCUCGAAUUGACUCCGAAUACAGGAAGUCAUGAAGAUGGUGGGUAUGUCAUUGGACCACACAAACUACGAGAAAGUGUGUACCACCAGCCCUCACAGCUUCAUACCCGUACAUUAUUACCACAUAGUUGGAAAACUGUAGAACAUGGGCGGCCGAAUAUUUCAAUAACAGCUCCUGACUCAAAUAUCGCCGAUUACAUGCAGCUAAAUAACAUACAUGAACCCAGAGGUUAUGUUACACCAGAUACACAGUUGGAGUACAAUCACAGUACACGUGAGUCUGAACAUAAGACAGUUAGAAAAUAUAAUGACGUUACAGGUACUAAUACUUCUGUAAAGGAACCAAUGAGCCAACUGUCCGAUACUGUCAAGGAUGAAACAUCGACUGUUGUAAAUGGCUUUGUUGAUCCUUCAACAACACAUAAGGAUGUUGUACCCUUAACGAGUUUGACAUCUAAACAACCGCUUACUGGAGAUAAGCAUCCUAUUGUGAAAGGUGAAUAUUUGUUUAGUGAAAAUAUCAAUAAACGAACCCAAAUAGUGAAUUUUAAAACCGAUGUACCAAUGUUUAUUCCUAGUAAAAAUACAACUCCUCUGCCAUCUUCCGAAUAUCACUUGGAAACCAAUGCGUUUAGCACUGAUCAGUUUCUGACUGACAAGGAAGAAACCACUGAACGAAACCUAUUAAGUUAUAAAUCCACAGCAGACACGCUUCAGAAUGCAAUAUCCCAAUCAACUUCGACAUACACUAUGCUGAAUACUGAGGAUAUAAUGAGUACAGUAAAAUCACCAAACAAUCGAACUAAAAUAGAAAAAUAUGAUACCACUGUCUUAAGGACAUCGACGAGGCCAUUAACGACAACAACGCCUAUGUCAAUUAAGGAACCAUUAACGCCAAAACGAUUACCUACUAAAAUGAAAGUGUAUGACAUUACAGAAAUUUUACAAGGAAAACCAAAAAGUUCUGUUAAGUUUGAAAAGGAAAAGACGCGUGGUGUUAGGAAAAAGACUCCAAUGAAAUUGUACGAUAUAAAAGGAAAUUUACAAGGAAAAUCAAAUGAUAAUCGUCAGUCAGAUAGACAAAAGACAAAGGCCCCAAUGAAAGAGUAUAAUAAGAAAAAUGUUCUACCAGAAAAAACAAGUAGUUAUCUCAGGAACACGACAUCAAUAGAAGGAUAUAAUGCAACGGAUUCGAUUUCUAGUUACACCAGUGUCAUACAUCCACCCAUGAAGGGAACUUUUGUAGAAAGUCAUAAAAAGCAAGAUAACCGACUGAUAAAAACAACAAAAGUAGAAAAGUCGAUCUCUAAAACAAAAACGUAUGUUGGAAAACAUUUGAAAAAAGACCUGUUAAAAUCUGACAGACAACCAAAUGUAAGCAGUCAAGCCAGUGGUAAAACUAUUAUGCAUCCUGUUGAAGAUCUCUCGCUAUUAGCGAGAUUGAAAAACCAAGAAAGGUACUUUGAAUCAGACAAAUACCAUGUAAAACCUUUAACGAUUAAACGGAAAGUUGUUAAAGAGGACCCAUAUGGGAAGAGAGCAAAGCAAGUGGAAGAACAGAUUUCACGUGCUGAACUGAAUGAAAUUAAUGCCCAUGAUUCGGAUAUGAAAAACUUCGAAUGGCUUUCCGAACAGCAAAACCGACAAACACAGAAUAAAAUAUCAAAUGAUUACGGGUUCAUGGAUACUAGCAAUAUGACAGAUGAUAAACGAAUAUUUGGAAACAGGGAAAAUAAAAACACCGUACCAGAUCAACACCUAACAAUGCAUAAUAAUAGUGACACACAUUACUUAACACGUGCAAUCAGUGUUAUCAAAGGGCUCCUGGAUAAAAUACAAGCGAAGCCAAUUAUGAAGGCGAUUCCACGACCAAACAGACAGAAGUAUCUACUUAUACCUCUUGGAAAUUUGACAUUCACAGAAAUAAAAAAGAAACUGUUGACUCAUCAGUUAUAUAUGCAAGAAUUUCAAAAUAACCGGUGGUCUGAAAAUUCCUUAGUUAAUCAUGUGAAGGCAGAUACUGAAAGACCUUUAGUUUUAGAACACAGACCAAAACAAUAA